UUUUUUGCAAAUAAUAUCUAGAACCUACCAGAGUAUCCGAGAGCAGUUGCAAAGUUAAGAUUGUCUUGUUCUUGUCUGCAUCCACACUUUACUCUAUAAAUUAACACCUCAAACCUAUGUUUUUUCCACAUCCAUACAUUUUUCUCUCUUCUUUCUUAUUAUUCGCUUAAUUUCUAAGCCAUGGCUGAUCAAGUUAUUCUUCUAGAUUUCUGGCCAAGUCCAUUUGGAAUGAGACUCAGAAUAGCCCUUGCUGAAAAGGGUAUCGAAUUUGAGUACAGAGAAGAGGAUUUAAGGAACAAGAGUCCUUUGUUGUUACAAAUGAACCCUAUUCAUAAGAAAAUUCCAGUUCUUGUUCAUAAUGGUAAACCAAUUUGUGAAUCACUGAUUGCUGUUCAGUAUAUUGAUGAGGUUUGGAAUCAUAAAUCUCCUUUGUUGCCUUCUGAUCCUUAUCAGAGAUCACAAGCUAGAUUCUGGGCUGAUUAUGUUGAUAAGAAGAUAUAUGAUGCUGGAAGGAACAUUUGGACCAAAAAAGGAGAAGAGCAAGAAGCUGCCAAGAAGGAAUUCAUAGAUGCACUUAAAUUGUUGGAACAAGAGCUAGGAGACAAGACUUAUUUUGGUGGAGACAAGCUUGGUUUUGUGGAUGUAGCACUCAUUCCAUUCUACACUUGGUUUAAAGGCUAUGAAACUUUUGGCAACUUUAUUGUAGAGAAAGAGUGCCCAAAAUUCAUUGCUUGGGCUAAAAGAUGUAUGCAGAUUGAGAGUGUUUCUAAGUCUCUUCCUGAUCAGGAAAAGGUCUAUGAGUUCAUUGUGGAUAUCAGGAAGAAGAUAGGCAUUGAGUAGGGUCAAAGUGAUUUCACUUGUCUUAAACCUUUCUGCUAGAAUAAUAAGUGUGUAAUAAAUGGCACUUAGAUGUGCCAAACUUUGUGCUUUUUGUAGGAAAGGUUUUCACAAACUUGUGAAAUGUAAUAGGUCUUUUAAUCAAGUUUUUUAUGCUUUGUUAUGCAUGAUGUCAUUGAAACCAGUCCCUUUGUCUUUAAAUAUAAGAUCUUCUUAAGAAAUUUACUUGUAUUUUGUUAUCA